CACUCACUUGUCACACAUUGCCCACAUAACUUCAAACCCAAACAAACCAAAACAAAAACAAAAAAUGGGUUCAUCAUCAUACUCUUCUUCCCUCAUAGCCACUGCCUUAAUUCUCUUACUCUUCCACCUCACAUCCUUCCACAACAACCUAGCAGCCAAACACACUCUCCACCACAGCUACUCCACCGCCACCCGCCACCACCACAGCCGCCGCAGCCCCCCCACCACCACAACCAAUCCCAGACUCCAGCAAGCUUACAUUGCUCUCCAAGCAUGGAAGCUUGUAAUCUACUCUGACCCAUACAACUUCACAUCCAACUGGGUCGGUCCCUCUGUUUGCAACUACACCGGUGUAUACUGUGCCCCGUUCCCCCACAACACCAAGAUCACCACCGUUGCCGGCAUAGAUCUCAAUUCUGCCGACAUGGCCGGUUUCCUCCCGAACGAGCUCGGCCUUCUCUCCGACCUCGCCCUCCUACACCUCAACAGCAACCGCUUCUGUGGACUCAUCCCCCAGAGCCUCUCAAACAUGACUUUCCUCUUCGAGCUCGACCUCUCCAACAACCGCUUCGUCGGUCCAUUCCCGGACGUAGUCCUUUCUCUCCCAACUCUUCGCUACCUCGACCUGCGCUUCAACGAGUUCGAAGGUCCAUUGCCUCCCCAACUCUUCUCGCGAAACUUCGAUGCCAUUUUUGUCAACAACAACCGCUUCUCUUCAGUCAUUCCAUCAAACUUAGGCAAAAGCUCCGCCAGCGUCUUAGUUUUCGCCAACAACAACUUCAGUGGCUGCAUUCCUCCCACCAUUUCCAACUUCGCCGACACUUUGGAGGAACUAGUUUUAGUUAACACUAGCUUGUUAGGUUGUUUGCCGCAGGAGGUGGGUUUUUUGUACAAACUCCGACUGCUUGAUAUUAGUUACAACGAUAUUGUGGGUACAAUACCUUAUAGCUUUGCAGGGUUGGCUCACUUGGAGGUUUUGAAUUUGGGUCAUAACAUGAUGAGUGGGAGUGUGCAUGAAGGGAUAUGUAUUUUGCCUAGUUUGCAAAACUUUACAUUUUCUUAUAACUUUUUUUGUGAGGAAGAGGGGAUUUGUGGGAACUUGAGUUCUAAAGGGAUUGCUUAUGAUGAUCGUCGGAACUGUUUGCCGGAAAAGAAGUUGCAGAGGAGCAAGAAGGAGUGUGAUGUUGUGACUGAGCAUCCUGUGGACUGUUACAGCUAUCAGUGCUGUGGUGGUAGUGGUGGUGGUGCCUCAGGGCCUCUAGCUGCUCCUCCUCCUCCUAGUCAUGGCUAGUUUGGUCUUAACUAUUACCGUCUAAGAUGGUGAGUGUGAAGUUGCAAGCUAGAAUAAGAAUCCAAAUUUGGAUGAGUAAGGUGAUGUGUAAAUACUUUCAAUUUGAAGUGCUUUUAUGUCUGGGUGUUCUUGCCUAGAGUUA